AUGUCUACCUCAGAAGGGUACCCUCUUCUAUGCCUGGAGAAUCCUUUACUGGAUAUCCAGGGCGUGGGAGAUGAGGCAAUGCUGAAGAAGUACGACCUCAAAGCCAACGAUGCCAUUCUUGCUGAGGAGAAACAUAUGGGCCUCUACGAGGACUUGCUACAAAACUGCGACGCCAAAUUGAUUGCAGGUGGGGCUGCCCAAAAUACUGCUCGUGGAGCUCAGUAUGUUCUCCCAGAAAAUUCUGUUGUGUAUAUCGGAUGCGUUGGCAAGGAUCAAUACGCGGAGACCCUCAAAGAAGCCGGUGCCAAAGCUGGCAUUUGCACAAAAUACAGAGUGGAUGAUGUUCAGCCUACUGGUCGUUGCGGUGUUAUUAUCACGGGCCACAAUCGCUCUCUCGUAACCCAUCUCGCUGCCGCCAAUGAAUAUAAACUGGACCAUCUCAAGUCGCCUCAAAUCUGGUCUUUGGUUGAGAAGGCCAAAUACUACUUCGUUGGUGGGUUUCAUUUGACUGUUUGCGUGCCAGCCAUCCUGGCAUUGGCCGAAGAGGCAGCCGAGAAGAACAAGACAUUUAUGCUCUCUCUCUCAGCUCCAUUCAUCCCUGCAUUCUUCAAAGAUCAGCUUGACCAAGUUUUGCCUUAUACCGACUAUAUCAUUGGCAAUGAAUCGGAGGCUCUCGCCUAUUCGGAAGCCCACCAAUGGGGCAUCACUGAUUUGACCGAGAUUGGCAAAAAGAUGGCCAACUUGCCAAAGAAAAACUCCCAGCGCCCAAGGACUGUCAUCAUCACUCACGGCACGCAGCCAACUAUCUCAAUUGUUUCAGAUGGAAAAGGCGGUCUGGAUAUCAAGACUACUCCAAUUAGAUCUAUCUCGCAAGAGGAAAUCUACGAUACUAACGGUGCUGGUGAUGCAUUUGCUGGCGGUUUCUGCGGCGGCUUAGUUCUGGGGAAACCUCUCGAGCAGUGCCUUGAUAUGGGCCAUUGGCUGGCAAACCUAAGCAUCCGAGAAUUGGGCCCACAAUACCCAUUUCCAAAGAAGCCUUACACACCAGCGUAA